UAAAGCCACUUGCGCAGGCGCAGAGUUCUCCUUAGCGUAAGAUUGACAGGUUGUGUCUUCGACUGUGGCCAGACUCUAUGGUUUCUGCAAAGAAUGAUGGGUAACGGAUAUAAAGUGCGGUUUGCGCAGUUACGUCCCUAAAAACCGCACAGCUACGGUUCUUGUGGCUGCGAUGGGUCGCCGUCCUGCUCGCUGUUACCGGUAUUGUAAGAACAAGCCAUAUCCGAAGUCUCGUUUCUGCCGAGGUGUCCCUAAUGCGAAGAUUCACAUCUUUGACCUGGGUCGGAAGAAGGCAAAAGUGGACGAGUUCCCACUGUGUGCCCAAAUGGUGUCGGGUGAAUACGAGCAGCUGUCAUCGGAAGCCCUGGAGGCCGCCCGCAUUUGUGCCAACAAGUACUUGGUGAAAACGUGCGGCAAAGAUGGCUUUCACAUCCGAGUACGGCUCCAUCCCUUCCACAUCAUCCGCAUCAACAAGAUGUUGUCCUGUGCUGGAGCUGACAGGCUGCAGACGGGUAUGCGAGGUGCCUUUGGGAAGCCCCAGGGCAUUGUGGCCAGGGUCCAUAUUGGCCAAGUCAUCAUGUCCAUCCGCACCAAGCCGCUGAACAAGAAGCACGCGAUUGAAGCUUUACGCAGGGCCAAGUUCAAGUUCCCCGGACGCCAGAAAAUCCAUAUCUCCAAGAAGUGGGGCUUUACCAAGUUUAAUGCUGAUGAAUUUGAAGAGAAGAUGGCUGUGAAGCGCCUCCUCCCUGAUGGUUGUGGGGUCAAGUACGUCCCCAGUCGCGGCCGGUUGGACACGUGGCGGGCACUGUGCUCAUGAGGGCUUCCCUGGACCAUGAUCCCCCGGACCAUAAGUCUGACUUAAACUUGCCAAUAAAUUCUGUUCACUGGCAAGAACAACAGCUACAAAAAAUUAUAGAAACAGUUAUCUAGUUUUAGAAUAUAGACUGCUAGAGAAAUAGUGUUUAUGUUAAUAUAGCAUGUUUUAAUGGAAAGUGCUUUCUUGAAGUAAGAGAAAUUUUUAUGCCAUUUAUAGAAAAACUGUUGCUAUUCUGAUCCGAACCUUUUAAAUGCAUGAGAAUAUUUAAAAAUAUGCUAAAAGUUUUGUUUGUAGUAAGGUCAUAAAUUAUAGUAGUAUUUGUAGUAAAGUCAAAGUAUAAUAGCUAUCAUUUUGGAUUAAAACAGCUAGAGAAAACAAAAUUUGUGUGAAAAAAAUUCUUAUUGUACACAGAAGGCUAAAGAGUAGGGAUGAAAAUAGUGGUUGGCAUUAGUGGUAAUUCAGCUACAACCUCGGAAGCUAAUUAAUCUUAUUUCUAAAUUUGAUUGUUUAUGUUUUCCUAUAAACUUCUGUAUAUUAGUUUUAGAAUUACCUAUCACCUCUGAUUAUCAGCCUUUGGACAGUUGAGUAUGCUGAAAAAGGCUUUUCUAGACAAGCCUUACAUUAUCUUAUACUCAAGAGACAACAGUCCAAUCUUUUCUUCAUCACUGGAAGGUCAUAGGUGACAGCAGAGUUCAUAUUGCUUGUAUUUGGGGCUCAGUAGAAUCCAUAGAAGAGAGAAAAUGACACUUAAUCAGCUAUCUGUGCUCUAAGAGGACCCUAGUGAGACUUUGAUAUCUGUAGUUGUUUGCCCUACAUUAGAGUUACAUUGAUCACAAAGGUGAUUUUUGUUUUAUUUUAGAAACUACAUAAAUUUCCUGGGUAUUUACUUUUUUUUUUUUUUUUUGCCACUGUUAUUGUUCUUGUUCUUUAAGUGGAUUUACUCUUAUGGGUCUCAAUCUUGAAAAUAGUACAAUUUUCUUCUACUAGCCACAUUUUUAGAGUCAACACAUUUAAUGAAAGCAACAGGGGUACAAAACAUCCUGGAAACACUGUGGUUUAAAUAGUUUCCCUUUACUUAAAUUCCUUUGUCAAUCCUAACAAAUUGCCUUUGGCUUGAUAAUUCUUUUAAGAUCUUCAUGUAAGAUAUUUUGGCUGUAAUUUUUAAGCUAGGUUGUUAUUGUAAGCAAUAAUGUUUGACAUCUCACAAAUAAACUUGAGAAGAUAACAAAUACUAAAUAACUUGAAUAUAUUGCAAGGCGUUUCAGCCUGAGAAGCACCUUCCAUGGUGUGUUUUUCCAAAUUCCUGAAAUUGCCUAGGAAAUUAAGUCAUAUCCAAUUAGCAAAUGAAGGUAGGCCUGAGCCAGAUCUUUUGAGCCCUGUCACAUCUUGCUUCUGACUUACUCUGCUGAAUCCCAAUAAAAAGCCCUCAAAAAUCCAAAAUACAAAAAAAGGCACAACAAAACAAGCGGUUACUUAGUCCAUCCAGCUUUGAAAACAUUUCCCAGCUUCAAUAGUCACUCUUCUGUAUUUUCUCAACCCUUUCAAACAUCUUAACUCUGUAUUUAGUAUGUAUAUAGGGAUAAGCUAUGAAUUUUCUUGCUCUGAAAAAUUGAUUAACUAUGAUGGUAUAUAUAUAUAUAUAUAUGUAUAUAUAUAUAUAUGUAUAUAUAUAUAUAUAUACACACACAUGGGCUAGGGCCAUA